AUGGAUGGAUCGAUUGCUUUAGAUCUAAUGGUGUGGAUGGCGUUUCUAUUUUAUGGAUGGACUGGUGCUGGAUGCAUCGAAAAUUCGGGGUUGGUAUACGCGAUUGCAUGGGCUGUCAGCGAGUAUAUUAUUUAUAGGAAAUAUGGAGAGAUGGAAUGGGUGGUGGGUGGAAAGAGAGAUGGAAGAUGA